GGGUCCGGAGGCGCAAUGGUCACACGGGAUCGAGCUGAGAAUAGGGACGGCCCCAAGAUGCUGAAGCCGCUGGUGGAGAAGCGGCGCCGCGACCGCAUCAACCGCAGCCUGGAAGAGCUGAGGCUGCUACUGCUGGAGAGGACCAGGGACCAGAACCUCCGGAACCCGAAGCUGGAGAAAGCGGAGAUCCUCGAGUUCGCCGUGGGCUACCUGAGGGAGCGAAGCCGGGUGGAGCCCCCGGGGGCUCCCCGGUCCCCGGGCCAGGACGCCGAGGCGCUCGCCAGCUGCUACCUGUCGGGUUUCCGCGAGUGCCUGCUUCGCUUGGCGGCCUUUGCGCACGACGCCAGCCCGGCCGCCCGCUCCCAGCUCUUCUCCGCGCUGCACGGCUACCGGCGCCCCAAACCGCCCCGGCCCGAGGCCGUCGAGCCCGGGCUCCCAGCGCCGCGCCCACCGCUGGACCCCGCCUCGCCCAUCCUCGGCCCCGCGCUGCACCAGCGCCCCCUCGCGCACCAGGGCCCCCCUAGUCCCCGCUGCGCUUGGUCCCCGUCCCGCUGCUCCCCUCGCGCCGGGGAUUCCGGCGCGCCGGCGCCCCUCACCGGACUGCUGCCGCCGCCGCCGCCGCCUUACAGACAAGACGGGGCGCCCAAGGCCCCGCCGCUCCCACCGCCCGCCUUUUGGAGACCUUGGCCCUGAGCUUUGGGGGGCUGGGGCGGGGGUUGGGAGUGGGGUAGAGACUCCAGCCAGAGGGCAGGAGAGGGGUCCGGGCGGGCGUCCGGGCGAGGAGGGCAGCGGGGCGCGCGGGCUCAGCGCGCGGGUGAGAUGUGGUUUAUAUUAGAGUAUCUAUAUAAAUAUAUAUUUUCCUGUCCCUUCCCCCUGCCCCGCUUCCCUGUGUGUAGGAUUGUACCCUCUCCACCCCGGCCCACGCCCGGUCCCUUCCCGAGUCCCUAGUGCAUGGAAUAAAAUGGUUAUGAAAUCCCGGUGUGUCCCCUAGCCAGGGGCCUGCCUCUAUGUCGGCGCCACGCCCACUUGCCCAUACCCUUCUCCCACCCCUAGGCCUGCUCUCCACGGCCCAAGCCCUGGGGCAGACAGGUAAGUAAAGCGCCGAGCGACAGACUUGUGGUUGAAACUGGACUUGAAAGUAAAGUGGGUUUAUUUUAAAUGAAAGCCCAGAAAAGAGAA